UCAUCUCCAAAAUAUACACGACCUCACUGCAGUGCAAGCAAGCAAACAGCCGUCGACACCCACACCAUACUCAUAAGAGAAUCUGUUCACCUCUUUUAUUUUUAGCAUUUAAACUUAAAGGUUAAGAGUAAUAUGGUGUCACUUGACAAUGCAAACCCAGUAGUCUUUCUUCGUCGUAAAGAACGACACGUUCUUCCAGAAGAGGAAGAUGAUGAUGUGACUGAUAAAUUCGACAGUCGAGAAGUUUUCGAUCUUAUCCGAGUCAUAAAUGAUCCUGAACAUCCUUUGACUUUGGAGGAGCUGAAUGUUGUUGAGGAAUCAAAUGUUAAGGUUGAUGAUGAUGCCAAUGCGGUCUACAUAUUGUUCACCCCGACUAUCCCCCACUGCAGCAUGGCCACCUUGAUUGGACUUUCAAUCAGGGUGAAACUGUUAAGGGCUCUGCCCUCCAGAUUCAAGGUUGAUGUCAAGAUUUCUCCUGGUACCCAUGACUCAGAACAUGCAGUGAACAAACAACUAGCAGACAAGGAGCGUGUCGCAGCUGCCCUAGAGAACUCUCACCUGCUGGAAGUUGUCAAUCAGUGCCUUGUGAGGAGAGCCACAGGCUGAACUCACCACCUCGAUUGUUUGUUUUCUUGUAUUGUGGUUAGCUUCGUUAUUCUGUAGGUUGCUUUUGUGAGGCAGGGAUCGUUUUUUCCCCUGCCUAUCUCAGGUGCUAAGUUAUUUCUGCAAAAAUGAUGCUUUCAUAUGCAUACCAUUACGGUGUAGAUGAGAAGAAAAAAAUUAGCAGUUGUGCACAUAUAUGUGCAUUAGUGUUCAAACUACUCGUAAAGUAACCUCUUUGUUUAUUCUAUACUUUUGUAUUUAUGACCACCAUAUGAUGAUAUUGUUGAGUUUUAGAAACCAAUUGAUAUAGUAUAGGUCUACUAUUGUAACUGCUUUCAUGUCCCAUUUAUGUCUAGCACAGCAUUUGGUAUAAAAUAAAUGGAAUUUGUCUUUCAAAUGAAUUGUAUUUUGCCUUGAGAAUUAAGGAUCCACCCAAGAUUUAUUAAAUUUUAAUUUAGUUCUUGGCCAAAUAUGGGUGUGAACAUUUGCUUUUCUUUUUAAAGCUGUUUUUUAAACCAAAUAUGGAUCUCAUACUAUGGGGUAUGAAAGAAUUAUGAUUAGUGGUUAUUUAAUCUGGAAAUUUUUUAAAGGUAAGAAUUUUAAUGUGUUCAAGUGUUUAUGAUAAUAUGGUGUGGUUCUCUGAUGUCUGUGCUUGUUAAAGGGGAAAAAAAAAGUAGUGGAAUCACUCUGUAUCAAAUAUAUUUGUCACAACGUGGUGGAAUCAGGCAUUCGUCGAUUUGCGGGCAUGUAAAGUUAUUGGUAUCAUCUGAAAUUAUUUAUUUGCCUUGUUUUAAAUGAAAAAAAUACCCAUCUCUCUUGAAUAGAAGUUGAGAUAUUUGCAGUUGAAGGAGGUGGGGUCACCUGGUUUCAGAGGUAAAAUAAGCGAGAAAAUGGCCGCCAAAGUUUGGUAAUUUGAAUAGCUUGAGAGUCCUUAAAAACUGGAAAUUUACACAUUUUGUGCCUUUAAUCUAUGUUUUCCAGUAACAUUCACAUUGAAAUGGGUUUUUAUAUGGACAUAACAUGUGUUGAGCCAAAAAACAAAAAAUCUAUAAAAAUUGACAAACUGGUGGAAAAGUGCCGGUGGAAAAGUGCCUGUUUCUUCGAUUUCGUUAUUUUGACGAGCGCCUGAUUUCACCAUGAUGCCUCACAUAUUGUAUUGCACCUAGUUUUUAUGUCAUAAGCCGUUCAUCUAAACAAGAAACCAUUGUUGUGCCACAGACAAGAAGUGAUUUGUUAAUUGUUUUCUUUUUCUUUUUUCUUUGUAUUCUGAUUCCACUGACACCACCAAACAGUUUGAUUAUAUGUUGACAGGUAUGCAUAGCUGUCAGGACAGUGGUACUCAUAUUAACAUUGUUUUUGUAUAGGCUGCUCAGCUUGAUGAUCUCCGAGCUGAUUGGCCCAUGUAAAUAAAUAAAGGUGUAAAUUUUA